AUGAAGAAAGCACGAGAGUACUGUUGCUGUGCAAUUCCGCUGGUGAAUGCUGGGAUAUAUGCUACGCUCAUCGAGCAGACCUCCCUGGGCAUCUUGGUCGGCACGCUUUCUGUAGCCACACCAUCGAUUGUCGGAGCUUCCACCCCUUCCUUUGCGCCUUGGAUCCUCGGAGUUAUAGCAUACGGUGCUGCUGGCGUGCAAAUCUUGGGUUUUCUCGGGGUUUCUAGGGAAAAACCAGACCUGUACAGAAGAUACGUCACCAUCCAUGGAUUAGUGACCUCCUUAGGUUUCUCUAUAGCGCUCGCAUGGAUCAUCAUGUCUGCGACAAGACAUUCAAAUGCAAAGGCGAAAUGUCUUGCUGAUUUCUUCGUUACUGCGGAUGGAUCCACUGCCAGCGAAGGCGAUACCCUCUGCACCAUUUUCCCCUGGGUUGAUGUGGGAAUCAUGGGUGGGUUAUGGGUGCUCCUUGCAAUUGUCCAGGGAUACCUCUACUUCGUCCUUUCAUCUUAUGGUGCCAACCAACGACGAGACCACGAUCAAUAUGACCGUGUAUAUGACCCCUCUCAACCCCUCACUUCUGAAAAUAUCCCUCUCGAGAAUGACCCUUGGGAUUCACGACCUUCUGGAGACUAUCAUGACCAGGUUGGCCGUCAAGAUUCCAAAUACAAGCACCUUCGUCAAGAAAGUUCUGUUAGCGCUACAGACAUUCUGAGUCAGCCGUCCCAGGAGCCCAAGGAUGGUUUCUUAAAUUCAAAUUAUGACUACGACCCGUACCCGUCGAACCAGCACGAUGGCAGUCUGGCGUAUCCAUCGUAUGCUUACACGCAGCCGGCUGCGCCGACACCAACCAACAACUACUAUUAUAGCCAGCCCACCGGCACUCACAUAACGCCACCCAUGCAUGCCCAAGCUCAUCCCGCUGAAGGAUCAUUUGGGAGGAAAACUCCGCGACUAAACGAGACAUGA